UUUAUGUAGGUGCACAUGCACCCUGCCAUCGCCCAUCGGAUUAGCUGUUAUAUAUGGACUGACUAUAAAAAAAACUAAAUUCUCUUCAUCAAGUGUUUAACGAACUUCUGAGUUACUAGUACUACUGCUAUAUCUAUACACAUUAUUUUUGUUCACCUGUAUCUUACUGAAGCAAACAAUGGCAUAUUACUUUUGCAGGUUUCUUAACUCGAAACCUCCCCAUAAAUCCUCCUCUCUGCUGCGUUCUUUGAACCAUAGUGUCCGAUCAUUCUCUGCACCUGCCAUGUCACCGCCCGCCACUGCAAUUGUAUACCAUCAAGAAGGUCCUCCUGAUUCUGUCACCAAAAUGGUGGAGCUACCUCCUGUUGAGAUUAAACAGAAUGAUGUUUGUGUUAAAAUGCUGGCUGCUCCUAUCAAUCCUUCUGAUAUCAACAGAAUCCAAGGUGUUUACCCCGUGAAGCCACAAAUGCCAGCAGUUGGUGGUUUUGAAGGGGUUGGAGAGGUACAUUCCAUAGGAUCUGCAGUAAAGGGUCUUUCUCCUGGUGAUUUGGUCAUUCCAUGUCCACCAAGUUUUGGUACAUGGCAGACAUAUGUGGUAAAAGAGCAGAGUGUAUGGCAUAAAGUUGAUAAUAGAACACCAGUGGGAUAUGCUGCUACGGUGUUUGUCAACCCUUUGACAGCACUAAAGAUGCUUGAGGACUUUGUGGAUCUGAAACAAGGUGACGCUAUUGUGCAAAACGGAGCAACAAGCAUGGUUGGUCAGUGCAUCAUGCAGCUUGCCCGAAUUCGUGGCAUCCGGAGCAUUAAUAUUAUAAGGGACAGGGCUGGAUCAGAUGCAGCGAGAGAAAAACUAAAGAGUCUUGGUGCUGAUGAAGUGUAUACAGAGAGCCAACUGGAAGUUAAAAAUGUCAAGAGUCUCCUGGGUCAUAUUCCUGAACCAGCUCUGGGGCUUAAUUGUGUUGGCGGAAAUGCUGCAUCAUUGGUCAUCAAAUUCUUGAGGCGAGGGGGAACCAUGGUCACAUAUGGUGGAAUGUCUAAAAAACCAAUCACUGUGUCAACGUCGUCCUUCAUUUUUAAGGAACUUUCCUUAAGAGGGUUUUACUUGCAGAAUUUUAUGACUUCUUCUAGAGCGGAAGAGUGCAAGAGUUCAAUAGACUACCUUUUAGGCCUCAUGCGUGAAGGGAAACUCACAUACGAUAUGGAAUUUGCCCCUUUGGAUGAUUUCCAUUUAGCACUAGAUAAAUCACUUGGAAAGCUUGGAAGCCAACCUAAACAGGUCAUCAAAUUUUAACAGGGAUGCCAUGUUGGAGAUAUAUGCCUUUCUAGAUUGAGAAAGACAGAGGCAGUUAAAGGUUAAAAAAAUGUGGGAUCAUGUAAAAAGUGUGAUUGUGCCAUUGUCAAUCCUGUGCCCAGGCAGCUUUAAAAAAAUAAAUAAAAAAAUCCUGUGCCCAGGCACGGGUUGAGCCAUAUUUUACAGUAGUAAUUAGCUUUAAUCAGCUGUUUUUUUA